UUCGACCUGAACAUCACUCAAAUUGUCGAGUUUCAAUAUGGCUGGUGACCAAAUUACCAGUGAGCAGCAGCUCGAUGCAGUACCCAAAAAGGGUGUCUGGCGCCAGUUGCGUGAGAACCCUUACAUUUUUGGGCUUUCUAUGUUUGCCAGUCUUGGUGGCUUCCUCUUUGGCUAUGAUCAAGGCGUCGUGUCGGGUGUAUUGACCAUGGAGUCAUUCGCUGUUGACUUUCCACGAAUCUACCUUGACAGUGGUUUCAAGGGUUGGUUUGUCUCAACUCUACUUCUGUGCGCGUGGUUUGGGUCGCUCAUCAACGGCCCCAUUGCCGACUACAUUGGUAGAAAGGGCUCGAUCCUCCUGGCUGUUGUCGUAUUUACCAUAGGGUCAGCUUUCCAGGCUGGCGCUGACUCUAUCCCUAUGCUUUUCGCUGGCCGUGCUGUGGCUGGUCUCUCAGUUGGCAUGUUGACCAUGAUUGUGCCCAUGUAUAUGUCCGAGGUAUCAAGCCCUGGCAUUCGGGGUACUCUUGUCGUUCUGCAGCAACUUAGUAUCACCCUCGGUAUCCUCGUAAGCUACUGGUUAGAGUAUGGAACCCAGUACAUCGGCGGCCAUCGAUGUGCACCUAAUAUACCGUACUCAGGCGGCACCCCGGACAAACGCACGUUCGACCCUCGAUAUGAUGUUGGCCCCGACGGAUGCACAGGCCAAUCCGAGGCUGCCUGGCGAGUUCCAUUUGCCCUUCAGAUUUUCCCUGCGCUUGUUCUGGGCAUUGGCAUGCUUUUCUUCCCCGAAUCCCCGCGCUUCUAUCUCAUGCGUCACAAGGAAGACAAGGCCCUUGCCGCUCUGGCUCAACUCCGUCAGGUUCAUGUUGACUCAGAAUCCAUCAGAGCUGAGUACUUAGCCAUCAAGACCGAGGUCCUGUUUGACGAGUCCGUAUCGGCGGAGAAGUUCCCCGGGAAGAGGGGCGUUUCCCUCUUCGCUGCUCAGCAUGUUGCUCUUGUGUCUACGUGGCCUGCCUUCAAGCGUCUCGCCAUUGGCUGCUGCAUCAUGUUUUUCCAGCAGUUCAUGGGCUGCAAUGCCAUCAUCUACUACGCCCCAACCAUGUUUGCGCAGUUGGGGCUCUCUGGAAACACCUCUGGUCUUUUGGCGACUGGUGUAUACGGCAUCGUUAACACGCUUUCAACGUUGCCCGCCCUCUUCUUGAUUGACAAGCUUGGCCGUCGUCCGUUGCUCAUGUGUGGUGCAGCUGGAACCUUCAUCUCUCUCGUUAUUGUCGGUGGCAUCAUUGGAGGUUUCGGCUCGGGUCUUGCCGACAAUAAGGCUGCUGGCUGGGUUGGUAUCGUCUUCAUCUACAUCUACGACGUCAACUUCUCGUUUUCCUUCGCCCCUAUCGGUUGGGUUCUGCCCUCUGAAAUUUUCAACCUUGGCAAUCGCUCCAAGGCCAUGGCUAUUACCACUAGCGCUACUUGGAUGUGUAACUUUAUCAUCGGACUUGUGACCCCUGACAUGCUGACCAACCUUGGCUGGGGUACCUACAUCUUUUUUGCCGCAUUUUGCCUUCUUGCCUUCCUCUUUACCUACUUCUUUGUACCUGAGACUCGUGGAAAGAGUCUGGAGGACAUGGAUCUCGUCUUUGGCGAUACUGCAUCUCAUGAGGAGAAGACAAGGUUGAUGGAGAUUGCAUCUUCUAUGGGCCUCACCGAAUCCAUUCCUGGGCACAAGGUUGGCCUUGCUAAGGAAGACUCUACUACAGCCGAGCAUUUUGCUUAAGCUGGAGACCUGCGUAGUUGCUACCAUUUCUCAAGGGAUGGAGUGGUAUACUAGACUGGCAGUACACAGCUUUACUUCAAUACCUGAUACCAAGAAAUAAAAUAAUAACUCUGAUGCAAGCGAAUAACUUCCU